AUUUUGUGUAAUUAUUAUAUCCCGGUUACAUUUGCAAAUCACUGUUAUACAAGUAUGUUUUUUCCUAACACCAUGUCACUCGCUCUCCUUCAUCAGAGUGUUCUGGUCACUGAAGAGCUCUACAUCAUUAAGUUUGUGACAGUGUUUGAGCAUGCUGGACUGAAGUGCAACAUCGAGGCGAGCUCGCUGCCUGUGGUUGUUAUAUCUUCUACCAGUCAGGUGUCCAGUGCCUGGGCCUCUGUCAUGUGGUGCAACAUGCUGUCCACCAGCGAACCAUGGAACCUGUCCUUGUUUGUCAACCCUCCUCCACUCCACUGGGAGAAGCUGUCCCAGGUUCUGAGCUGGCAGUUUUUGUCCGUUGGCCAGCGAGAACUGGAUGAAAACCAGCUUUCCAUGCUGAAAGACAAAAUAGUGGAUGAUCCUGAUGGUUUCGUUCAAUGGAGCAAGUUCUCCAAGAAUGAAAGUACCUGGAUGUGGAUUGAUGGAAUUUUGGAUUUGAUCAAAAGGCACUUGGUAGAUCUUUGGCGUGAUGGGUACAUCAUGGGCUUCGUGAGCAGGGAGAGAGCACGGGUCCUUCUGCAGGAAAGACAGAACGGGACCUUCCUGCUUCGCUUUAGCGAGAGCAGCAAAGAUGGAGCCAUCACUUUCAGCUGGGUUGAUCGCUCCAAUGGUGAGACCUAUGUGCAUGCAGUAGAGCCCCGCACCAAGAAGGAGCUGUUGGCCAUGUCUCUGCCAGACUUGAUUUACCUGUACAGUUUUAGAGCUGCGGGCCAGAUGAUCCGGAGUCCUCUGCUCUACCUUUACCCAGACAUCCCCAAAGAUGAUGCCUUUGGACGCUACUACACAGUCUCUGAAAUGUCGAAGAAUGCAAAUGGAUUAUUACCCAUAAUAAUCACUUCUGUCUCAGAGUAUCCUACACCACCACCAUCUCCACCUAUGGAAAUGAACAUGGACAUUGACACAGAUGCAAAUAUGGAGGCUGAUCUGCUGACUCAGGAACUCUAUGAUGAUCUCUGCACCUUACCUGGAUUCCCUUUGUCCUGAGUACCUUACCAAGACACACCACCAAUUCAGGACAAUGUUGGUGAUCUUAGUAAUUCCUGAAAAUGGGACUAGACAUUGGGCUGGAAUGGGAACUCUCACUUAUCAAAUACAAAGUCUGUUUUGAUGCAGGUGUUUGUACAAUAAAGAAUCGAAUGGAACAAGGUCACUUAGUAUAAAAAAUGUAACAAGCAACGAUAAUUGUACACAGUAUGAGCACAGUACUGGGUAAGAAUGACAGUUCUCUAAAGUACAUGUUCUUUUGUUUAUUAAAAUAAACAUUUGCAUUCUACUGUCAGAGAAACAUCUGGAUUAUACAGUACAGAACCUAUAAGUAUAACUUUAUUUAUGCAGCAAAAAGGACAAACACAUUCAACUGUCCUAUGUCUCAACUGCUUGUUCUCAGUUUCCUGCUAGAAACUGUCCUGACCCCCAACAUCAGCCUUCUCAAACAUCCAGCAUAUGAAUUCUGUGCUGAAAAAAUACCAACAUACUAUCAGAAGAAACAUUGCAUCAGAAAGUCAAAGAGCUCCAUUUCUGUACACUAUAUUCUUUUGGACCUGCUCAUAUUUUCAUCACUUCACCGACAGUAAGUGGGGUCCCAUAAGUAACCAGUGGUUUACCUGGUGAAUCAUAUAUAACUCAGUUUACAUGUGCCAUAAAAGUGAGCUGGGACAUUUACUGUAAAAAUUACCACUGCAAAACUAACACUGUCUUUUAAAAGUUGUAAUAAAUGGUGUGAUAAACAUUAUACGUACUGUUAGCACUGCCAGUGUAGGCAUGUUAGCAUGCUCUCAUUGUUGUUGACUGGAAAAAGAUUUUGCUGGUUGCUUGUGACAGUAAGGAGGCUGUCAGUAUUGCUCAGGGCUGGUUUACUUGAAAAUGAAGAACCUCUGACUAGAGGAAGACUGAUUUUGAGGGACUGAUUAAUCUGCGUUGGUCUGUAGUAAUGCCAGUGACUGUUCCUGAAUUCCUAGGCUUAAGUCAUUCAACAUAUGUUGCACACAUGUGUAAUGCAUCAAAUGCCAACCAUACAAAUCUCCAAUUCAUCAUCAGCUACAACAAAAAAGUGACACAUAAAAAGGAGUUUCCAUCUGCUGAGGAUAAGGAGACAUCAGGACGAUUUGGAAGGGG